CCCCGGUGGGUUCUUAGCGGCGGUGCGGGCGGCGCGCCGUGUCGCACUCUCCGAGUCCUGUCAUCCCGUCCUAGCCUGCCCCGUCCGCCCGGCUGUCGCCAUGGGCUCGACUCCGCCCGUGUUCAUCGGCGCCGAGGAGGUGGAGAAGCACCUGCACCGCGCCAGCCUCCUGCUGCCGGCGCUGGAGGCCGCCCUGGCCAACUUCUCCGCGGGCGCGGCGGGCGGGGUGGUGCAGCCCGUGCGCACCGUGCUGCCCGUGCCCCGGCACGGCGGGUACCUCGGAGUCAUGCCCGCGUACAGUGCUGCAGACGAUGCGCUGACAACCAAGUUGGUGACUUUUUAUGAGCACCUGAAGGACUCCUCUGUGCCUUCUCACCAGGCGACCGUCCUCCUAUUUGACCCCAGCAAUGGUGCUUUGAAAGCUGUCCUGGAUGGCAGUGUCAUUACAGCAAAACGAACAGCUGCAGUUUCUGCCAUUGCUACCAAGUUGUUAAUGCCAGCUUUUGCAGAAGUGCUGUGCAUUUUGGGAGCUGGUGUUCAAGCAUACAGCCACUAUGAUAUCUUCACAGAACUGUUCACAUUUAAGGAGGUCAGGAUAUGGAAUCGCACCAGGGAGAAGGCAGUGAAGUUUGCCGGCUCUGUCAGCGGCCCCGUGCGCGUCUGCUCCUCGGCCCAGGAGGCGGUGACAGGGGCUGACGUGAUUGUGACAGUCACUAUGGCCACAGCUCCCAUCUUGUUUGGAGACUGGGUGAAGCCAGGUGCCCACAUCAAUGCUGUUGGAGCAAGCAGACCAGACUGGAGAGAACUGGAUGAUGAGCUGAUGAAGAAUUCCGUUCUGUUUGUGGAUUCCAGAGAUGCUGCUCUUACAGAAUCAGGAGAUGUUAUUUUAUCAGGGGCGGAGAUUUUUGCUGAGCUGGGGGAGGUAUUGAAGGGUACAAAACCAGCCCUGCCUGAGAAAACAACAGUGUUUAAAUCACUGGUUGUUCAAGACAUGACUGCAGCAUUUAUUAAUAGAGCUCCAGCCCGACUGCCCCGCUGUUCCGCCCGUGGGGGAUGGCAGUUGAAGACACAGUAGCAGCAAAAUUUGUUUAUGAUGCGUGGUCAGCUGGUAACUAAAGAGAGAAGUCUACAAUGCCAGUGAGGCCAAGAAAAUUGUUUGCACUUAGUUUCCUUUAAUCCUGUGUUAACAAGAAAGGCACCAAUCCUAUCUGAAUGUGGCCUGUCUAGAACGUUCUAGAAGGAAAAGUAAAAUUUCAGCAAGAGACUAAUUUCUAGAGUCUUCUAAUUUCAAGUAUUAGAUGUUUGCAGUGAUACUAAUAAGGGUAUCUUUACAUAUUUUGGUAUCGCUCUGGAAUCAAUGCCCUUCCUCCCUAAUUAUUUAUGUAGCAGGAGCCCGUGUGUAGAUUUCAUGGUUUUUAGAGGGACAGUUCAUUCUGGUGUAAAAUACAUCAGUUUGAAGAAUGGACUCUGGCAUCAUGUUUACCUGUGAUGGUACUUUAAAUGCAACUGUGGGUUUCAGUGCUCCAGUGACAGUGACCUUGUCUUCCAUCUCCUGGGUACACAGCCCACAUCUUAAUUCCUGAACACCCCUUCCCUUCCAGCUCACACUGGAAGGCACCAUUUUUUUUACCCUUUGCAAUCCACCUUCCUUUGCCCUCAGAGUCAGUGGCUUUUCACUGAAGAGCACGGUUCUGAGUGGGGGUUUAUGUAAAUAACCAUACCUCUGUAGUUAGGUUUCUGCUCACUGCCUCCCUUAGUCCAUGCCUCGCUGGGAUAUUGCCAUUUUCAUAUUGCAAGGAGUCGCACAGAAUGUGAGAAUUGAUAGGUGUUUUGAUUUAACUUUUAUCUGUAUUCUGUAAGGAGAUUUUGCUGUUAAUCUAUGGUGCCUCUAAGUUGCUUUUCUAAGCUUCUUGAGGGCUGGAACCACACAAAUUGAUUUUAAGUUAUACAGGCAAAUUAUUUCCAGUUUCGCUGUGCUGUGCUUCAAUUGUUAAUUGUUCUGUUAUCACAGAUAUUAGCUGGGGCAGGCAUUUUCAUGAUCCUUUCCUGGCAGAGGAACCCAGUGACAUAAGGAAAAGUUCCAGUUUUGUGCUGUUAUGCAACUGCCUUGAAAAAGAGUGAGCAUCUGCUGAAAGACAGCUAUUGCCCUGGAAACAAAUUCCUGUCUCAGGCUCACAAGUUGUGCCUUGUGGAAUUUUAUUUCUAUUUGCAUAUUAUUUCAUGCAGGCUAUUAAGUGUUUCUUCAUGCUGUGGAAGAGUUGGAUGACAGGGCAUUUUAUAACAUGGCAGUAGAAUAGAGGAGAGCAACAGGAAGGAGGGUCAGGAGCAAGCCCUGGAGGGUGCAUAGGCAAGUGUAGGAGAGGUUAAUGAGUACAGUGCAGGUGUGAUGUAAAUACUACUCCCAGUUGUAAGCCUGGUGUAAGCUAGUCGGAAAAAUGUACUAAGUGGCAGAGGUAGCAUAGAAAGGUACCAGACCACUAAUAGGGCUGAAGGGUGUUUCAUAUGGCUCCAAACUGAGCUCCACUGAUCUGUUCAUUCCAUCAGAAGGAAUGACAGAAAUUUCUCUGAGCUUUUAAUUGUAGCAAAAUUACUCUUCUGUUUCUACAUGUUUUGUUUCUUCUCUGUCGUUUCUGAAGUGUUCAGAAGUUUAUGUGUUGACUUUGUUACUCCAGUCAUGCAGAACUACACUAACCUGAGGUAAACAUGAAACCAAACGCUUCAAGAACUCCAUGGAAACUUGCAGUUAAUAAUUAUGACAGUAUUAUCCCAGUUCUGUGCCAGUGUUAUACCAGAUUUGUAAUUUGAAGUGAAACGUAGUGUUUGGGAGGAAGACAAGUCCAGUUUAUUUUCACAUGUACUUCCCUACAGAUUAUGCACUUUAAAAAAUAAAUUGAGCCAGUCCAAAGACCUGGUUCUGAAAACCCACAUUGUUCUCAGCUUCAUUGGCAGUGGGAGAUUUUGGGAGCCUGGCUUCAAGUGUUGUAACUCUGAUGUCAUGAAGAGGACUUGGUUCAGUUACAAUGGGAAUUGCUUGGAUGCCACCUUUAGACUUUCUGAGGGGAAAUAAUAGCAUCAAUUCCUGUGUUUCCUUCUCUUACAAAUUAGUGGAUCAAUAAAUUGUGUAACUUGCAUUUAUAUUAAAAUUAAAUAGAUACUUCUGUUUUUCUUUGA